AUGGCUUUGAGAAGCCCUCAGCUAUCCAGCAACGGGCCAUCAGACCCAUUAUUGAGCGCAGGGAUGUUAUCGCCCAGGCGCAGUCCGGGUUCAGGCAUUGAUACUUUCUCCAACGAGGGAAUUGGCGGCCCAGACAGAGAAAGUGAUAUUGGCAAUUGGAAAUUACCUAAAUAUUCAUGCAUAGGAGGCAAAAGCUUGGGUGAAGAUAUCAGAAGGCUAGAGAACGGAGUUCAUGUGGUGUCUGGAACUCCCGGUAGAGUCUAUGACAUGCUCGACAGGAAAACUCUACAUCCUCGACAAAUUAAAUUAUUAAUUCUCGAUGAAUCUGAUGAAAUGUUGAGCAGAGGCUUCAAGGAUCAGAUUUACAACGUCUACCGCUAUCUUUCGCAUGAAGUCCAAGUAUGCUUGAUUUCUGCCACACUUCCAAAUGAAAUUCUCGAGAUGACUAAACUAUUCAUGACUGAUCCCGUAAGGAUCUUGGUCAAGCGUGAUGAGCUGACUUUACAGGGAAUCAAGCAAUUUUUUGUUUCAGUUGAAAGAGAAGAUUGGAAGUUUGAUACUCUCUGUGAUCUCUAUGAUACCCUUACGAUUACACAAGCUGUUGUUUUCUGCAACACAAAGCGAAAGGUCGAUUGGCUCAGCGAAAAGUUGCGGAGCAAUAACUUCACUGUGUCUUCAAUGCAUGGAGACAUGCCUCAGAAAGAGAGAGAUGCUAUAAUGAAAGACUUUAAGAACAGUGAAUCACAAAUCCUCAUCACAACAGAUGUUUGGGCUCGAGGCAUCGAUGUUCAACACGUUUCGUUGGUUAUCAACUAUGAUCUUCCAAACAAUCGAGAGCUGUACAUUCAUAGAAUUGGUCGUUCGGGUCGUUUUGGACGCAAAGGUGUGGCAAUCAACUUUGUCAAGAACGAUGAUAUCAGGAUUUUAAGAGACAUUGAACAGUACUACAGUACCCAGAUUGAUGAGAUGCCCAUGAAUGUGGCUGAUUUAAUAUGAGCUAGAGGUUGCAAUCAGC